AUGGAAAAAGUAAUAAUAAGAAAACAUUUGACAAAGGAAGAAAUCAAAGCUCAUGUAGAAAAAGAGAAGAAAAAAUUGAGAGAAAAAGCCAAGACAAAACAGAGACAUCGGAAGAAGAGACGUGAGCUGUCUGAUACAGAGAGUGAGGAUGAAGAAGAGGCACCAUUUAGAACUCCUGAUUAUGAAGAGUUCUACUUCCCAUGUAAUAAAUGGCUAGAUAAAAAAGAAGAUGAUGGGAAGAUUGAGAGGCAGCUCAAGUGUAUGAAGAAGCAACUUCACUACAAGGGACAAGCCGGUCACGAAGCCCUUAACACAGUAUACCAGAUCAUAGUCAAGACAGGAACAAAAUCUUUUGCUGGGACUGAUGCCAAUGUUUACAUACAGCUACAUGGAAAGAAGGGCUUAGAAACACCAAGACUACCACUGGAUGAUGAGAAAAAUAAUUUUGAAAAAGGACAGACAGAUGUUUUCAAGCUUGAGACAAUAGAUGUGGGACCAUUAGCAUUGGUAACAAUUGGCCAUGAUGGGUCAGGACCUGGGGCUGGCUGGUUUCUAGAUGAGGUGCGAGUUCGGAGAUAUAUCCAGAAGAAGGAGGCAAAGGAGUACAUUAAGCGUGGUCGAGAUAAGCCGCUUUAUGAGGAGAGUGUGUUCCCUUGUAAUCGCUGGCUCUCCAGCAGUGACGACGACAGGAAAAUAGAGAGACAACUCAAAUGUGACCAAAGAACUCUUCAUUGCGAAUAAUAUUAGCAGAUUUUAAAAGUGAAACAUAAACUUUUUUCUCUCAGACUUACAUUAGAGGUGCUGGCCUUGUCAUUACUAUAAAAUCUGAUUUUUUAUUAUUUUCAAAGAAAUUAAAUGCUCUUUGGCUUUAUUAAUUAUUUGAUAACUUAAUAUGGUAAAAAUAAGUGGAAUGUUCAGCAUUAAAAUUGCCCCUUUUUUAAAUGUUAGAGAUACAUGUUUCAAUACUCAAUUAUGACCAUAGAAAGUUAAAAAUUGCUCAGUUAAAAAAAAAAAUCUUUGUGAACUAAACGUGAAGGAAGCCUUUAAAUUUUUUUUUAUGCAUAUAUAUAGAGGCAAAGUAUUUUGAUUAAUUAAGUGGUACCAAUCAACCUUACGCAAAGGCAGGGAACGGCUUUCCAAAUGCCUAUUGGAUAAAAUUGAUGCUGACAGAGUUUGGUCUGUCAAAAUGAAAGUGAAGAGUAACCUUUUAAAUUAAGAAAAUGUUAACAUCAGUUAGUUAAAUUUUUUCCAAUUCAAAGAAUGGAUCCUGGAUCAAACAAGUACAGUGGAGCCUCAUUUAUCUGGAUGCUUUGGUUCCUAGUCAGUUUGUCCGGAUAUGUGAAGCGUCCGGAUAUCUGAAUUACCAGUUAAACAAGACAGAAUAACAUUAAACAAUUCUGUUCGGAUGGAAAGUCGUCCGGAUACUGAAGCAUCCGGAUAUCUGAGGGUCCACUGUAGUUGAAAACCAUGCUAGUUCUAGAAGUCUCAUCAAAUUAUCAGAAAUCAACAAAAGGAUAGAGGCAAUUAUUUCUUAAUUCUUUGACAGAUUGCUGACUAAUGGUAGCAGGUCUUCCAUAGAACAUCAACUACAAAUGUAUCAAAUUUGAUUCAAGUCAAGUCAAUUGUUUUGGCAACAAUAUCCCUUUCAUGAUUUUCACCUCAGAUCAUAACCAGUGGAUCUUAUUAUCUUUUCAGUACAAACCAGUAGAGCUACAUUCUCAUCAGAGACUUCUUGUUAAAAUUAGUUCAAAAGUGGGGCUUUGAAACUGCAUUUUUUUGCACACACAGAUUAUUUUUGAUAAAACAUUUUUGUUACAAAAAAGAUAUGAUGUUUUGUAGAUGUAUUUUGAUAUUGACUGUGAUAUUACGGUAUAGUACUGCACAGUGUGCAGGGUUUAGAGCUUCCUUAGUAUAAGUGCAGUAGAAUUUUAUUCAUAUUUUAAAUAAUUUUAAAAUAUUUAAUUUCUCUAGUCAACCUAUCCUGUAUAUCUACAUGUUAAAAACCAUUAAUAAAGA